AUGUCCGUAUCGGCGCUCACGCUCGUCGCGCGACCCACCGGUACCGCCCCACUCCGCGCGCGCCCCGCGAAGGCCGGAACCCGCGCGCGCACCGCCCCGCGCGCCUCCGGGAAAGAUGAGGAGGAAAGCGCGGGAGGGAUUGACUACGCGAGUUUGGAGCGCCGCGUGCUCAACCUGAAGAAACAGGAGCUCGUGGGUCACACCGGACACCUCCCGGUCGUCGUCCUCGACGCGACGCUUCCCAACCAGCGCUUGGCGCUCCGUUUCGACGCCAAGGACGUGUCGCGUCGCAUGCACGCGGGCACGGAGCUCGGCAAGAUGGCCGAGGUGGGCGACAAAUUCGCCAUGCUGGGCCUCGCCCCGGGCAGCAGGCAGGUCCUCCCGCUCGGUACCGAGGUGGUGCUGAGCCGCAUCUCGCCGUGGCCGGACGGCAGCGGAGACGUUGAGAUCGAGCUCAUCGGCUCGAGGCGCAUACGAAUCGAGGGGCAGCCCUUCAACGAGAACGGCGUGCCCACGGCCAAGGUCACCUUCAUGGAGUGGGCGCCGGAGGAUUCCCCGCCCAGCAAGAACGGCGAGGGAGUCAUCGGCGGCGCGCACCCGUCCGCGUCCAACGGCGGCUUCGCGUCGGGCACCAAACCGUACGGAUUCAACGAGAAGAUCGUCGACGGAGACCCAAUGACCAGUCAGCCCAACGCCGCGAAGUGCUUCAAGAUGGCGGAGGAUCUCGAGCCCUUGGUGGACGAGUGGUACGGACUCGUGCGCCUGGGGGGCUGGGAGCGAAUCCCCGGCCAGCUGGACCUCAUAAAGAGCCACAUAGGCGAGAUGCCGCCGAGGGAAGAACCGGCGAGGCGAGCCACGUGGGUCGCGAGCUUGAUCAACCCGAUUCCCGCGCUCGGCGUCGCGUACGAGAUCAGGCCUGCGCUGCUGAUGGCGCGCGACACGAUCACGAUGCUGACGGUCGCGACCGAGGGCAUCAGGCUGAGCAUCGAGCGGCUGAGGCAGGGGAAGAAUCCCCCAAAGUCGGAGUGA